AAAAAAGUCCAAGGUCGUGGAAGAUAUAAUCCUCCAAAGAGAACUGGUGGGCAAGCAAAAUCUGGGUCACUUCCUCGAUUAGGCUUUGAAGGUGGCCAAACACCAUUUUAUCUGGUUAUUCCAAAAUAUGGCUACAAUGAAGGACAUCAUCUCCGGCGUCAAUAUCCACCUAUCAGCCUCAGAAAGUUGCAAUACCUUAUUGACUUAGGCAGAAUUGAUCCCAUGCAACCAAUAGAUCUUACCCAACUGACCAAUGCCAGAGGUGUAACAAUGCAGCCAUUCAAAAGACAUUAUGGUGUACAUCUUGUGGAAGAGGGUGCUGAUACUUUUGCAGCAAAAAUAAACAUUGAAGUACAAUGGAUAUCUGAACUAGCCAUAGCUGCUGUUGAAAAAAAUGGUGGUGUAAUUACUACAGCUUUCUAUGAUCCAAGGAGUUUGGAGGUUCUUUGCAAGCCAGUGCCAUUUUUUCAAAGAGGCAAACCGAUUCCAAGGCGAAUGCUUCCUCCUGAAGAUCUUGUCCGUUACUAUACAGAUCCUGCAAACCGAGGCUACUUGGCUGAUCCUUCAAAGGUUGCUGAAGCAAGGAUAGAACUUUCCCAAAAAUAUGGUUAUACAUUACCAGAUAUUACCAAAGAUGAACUCUUCCAAAUGCUGAGUACUCGGAAGGAUCCUAGGCAGAUUUUUUUUGGACUUUCUCCAGGUUGGAUAGUAAAUAUGUCAGAAAAGAAGAUUUUGAAACCAACAGAUGAGAAGUUGCUAAAAUAUUACAGCUCCUGAAUACUGUAAUUGGAUAUAUCAUUUAAUUUUUUCAUGUUAUAUAAAUAAAAUUGUUUUUUUUUCUAAAAAUAAAUCAGUUGUAGUUAACAAUAGUAUAAUAAAACAUGAACAUUUAACUGCAUUAGAGUUUAUUUUCCUUAUGUCAGAUGCAAGUUUUAGUAUGAUUAAUCCUUAGUAUACAGACUAACUAACUAACCAUCCUUUAAGUCACUUACUGCAAAUUUCUGGGUCUUCUUCCUGCAUUGCUUUCUUAUAGAAGUUCAGUAAAUAUGCCUUUCAUACCCUUUUAGCUUGAGAUCCAGAUGGGUACCAAAGUUUGUAUAAUGGUUAUGCUGAUUUCUUGUUGUUGAAUGUGUAUGUUAUUUUUUAUAGUUAUGUCUUUUGAUGAUUUUUGUUACUGUUGUUAGCCUUCCACAGUCAAUUUGAAAUAAGUGAAUGUAUAAUAACUGACUGAAUACAUAUAGGAUCAGAUAAUGUCAUCUUAAAUGUUUGAAUAAUAAUUGAAAGUAUUGCAAUUAUUUUAAGAUAUAUCUAGGAUAAUUUUGGGACACGAUGGCUCAGUGGCUGAGCUUGUCGAUCAGAAAGGUCGGCAGUUCAGCGGUUUGAUCCCUAUUGCCG